AUGACUGAGGACAUCCUUAAACUGGAUGAGGCACUUCAAAGAGGAGCAGAGAAGAGUGCCACACAAGAUAACAGAUUGCACACCUACCCCGCCGCCAUCUCACCCGCCUGCCACCCCGCCGUCAUCACACCCGCCUGCCAACCCGCCAUCAUCUCACCCGCCUGCCACCCCGCCGUCAUCUCACCCGCCUGCCAUCCGCCGUUAUCUCACCCGCCUGCCACCCCGCCUUCAUCUCACCCGCCUGCCACCCCGGCGUCAUCUCACCCGCCUGCCACCCCGGCGUCAUCUCACCCGCCUGCCACCCCGGCGUCAUCUCACCCGCCUGCCACCCCGGCGUCAUCUCACCCACCUGCCACCCCGGCGUCAUCUCACCCACCUGCCACCCCGCCGUCAUCUCACCCGCCUGCCACCCCGCCGUCAUCACACCCGCCUGCCACCCCGCCAUCAUCAGGUCCGCCCAAAAGGACCUUCUCUGGCCUCUCCACAGCCACUGCCAUUACAGAUGUGAAGGACGCAUGGGAGGGGAAAAAACCAUAUGUUCUCCUUUCCAAAAUUGGGCCCUUCAAAGUGUUCUUUCGGGACAUAUUCAAUACUGGACCACAAAGAGAACUGGAAAGCGAGGUUAUCAAUGCAUAUCUGUCCCUGCUUAUUAAAAAAUAUAAUGACAACAACGCAGACAGGGCAUGUGCCGUGGACACUUUUGAAAUGACCCGCAUUUGGGAUGGACUGAAACCCAAAGUAAAGAUAGUCCCACAGCUAUACAAGUUAAUCGUGGGCAUUGUCAAUGCGGGUCACCAUUGGAUGCUGGUGGUGAUCUUGCCAGGAGACAAAAAAACAGUUUUUCUAGAUCCACUGGGUGAAAGAAAAACCUCAAUAAACCACUGCAAGGAUGUUACAAGAUCAUUCAUGAGACACAGGGGGCUGAACGUGUCCAGAUGGGCACGUGAGACGAGGUCUCACCCACUGCAACAUGAUGCCACAUCUUGUGGUGCCUAUGCAUUGAAGUUUGCAGAGUGCAUCUUGGGUGGAUUACCCCUUGAGUUCGAUAACUCAACAUCUGGCGUGAACUCUAUCCGAGAACACAUUGCCGUUUCCAUUUUGGAAAACACAGAUGACUUGAGUAACUUGUGCCAUCUGUGUGGGGAGCAGGAUGGGGACACUCAUUGGAUUGGAUGUGAAUUCUGCCCACGGUGGUUCCACAAAAGCUGUGCCAAAUACAGAGGCCGAAAGGAAUAUAUUUGUGCGGCCUGCCAGUAGCAUGUGUUGCUAUUGUUAUGUAAAUAGUUAUAUCUUUGUGUGUUUUUCAAAUUUUCCUGUUUCGUGUUCAUGCUUUUGUCUGUAUAAAUCUCUUUAGAUUAAAAGAAAUACAAUUAUUUUGCACCAACACUUAUGAAGUGACUUUUUUUUCUUGGUAUUU